AGGAGAAUUAAUACAACCUAGCUCCAGCAGCCCAAGUACUGUAUCUAUACAUUCCUUCCAUCAGCUGGCCACAUCUGCACUUGCCGGUUCAGGGAAAGAAGAUACCCCAGAAAUAAUGCUGUUCAGUGCAAAUCUGAAUAUGAUAUCCUGGUAUGCGCCUCUUGUCAUCUACCAUCCCACUUGUGAUCCUCCCAGCUUUAUAAAUGGGAAGGCUUCGACGCUCCUUGCUCUCAUCGCAAGUCUUCUCUCCUCGGCGAACUCCGGUGCCAAAGGUUUCUUUUAAAACCUUUGGUCUGAGUCAGCACAGCCAAAAAUAUUGCCCAACUCCUGCAGCUGCAUCUCCCCGUUGGUACGGUGCCCUGGUCCGACGCCGUGCCGAUCGAUCUUUAAAGUAUUGUCCGCCUCUCUUUGACCCUGAAAGCCGCGUGCACGAUAUAUUCAGCUGCAGAGGUACGGCAGCGUACGAGAUUCGUUCAUCAUUGCAGAGUCCGUAGUGGAAUGAGGGAGACGUUGCUCCAAGGGUGAACUGCUGAAGAAGAUGUCGCCCUGAAGGACCAGAACCAGGGGCAAGCGAAAUGCCGUCACUGAAGGACCUCUUUGAUGCUUCAGGGCCUACGUAUUUGACAUAUGUGAAUUGGAACUGCCCGCACCACCAGCGUUCCGUCAUGGCGAGCCUUGUCCAGGGCGUGUACGUCCUCGAGCGCGACCGCCAGUGGAAUCGGCAGGGCCCCGACGCCCGCGCGCCGGCGUGGUGGAGGUUCUUCCACUUCGAGCUGCGCCGGGUGCUCGUCGACGCCGCCGACGGCUCCAUCUUCGGCGCCGUCUACGCGUUCCAGCCGCCGUUCCACCUCCUGGAUAACACGGCGGCCGCCAGCGCCCCGCACUACGUCGUCGCCUUCCGCGGCACCAUCACCAAGAAGGGCUCGGCGAAGCGGGACCUGGAGCUGGACCUCCAGCUGGUCCGCAACGGGCUGGAAGGCAAGUCCCGCUUCCGCGUCGCCAUGCAGGCCAUCCACGACACGGUGGCCGCGGCGGCCGGGCAGCACGACCGCGUCUGGCUGGCGGGGCACUCGCUGGGGUCGGCGAUCGCGACGCUGGCCGCCAAGACCCUGGCCAGGGCGGGCGCCGCCGUCCUGCCCACGUUCCUCUUCAACGCGCCGUUCCUGUCGGCGCCCGUGGAGCGGAUCGGGGACCGGCGGGUGAGGCAGGGCAUCCGCAUCGCCAGCAGCUUCGUGACCGCGGGCGUGGCGGCCGUCCUGCAGAGGGGCGGCGGCGGCGGCGUGCGCGACGCGUCGUUCUCGGCGCUGGCGGCGUGGGUGCCGAACCUGUUCGUGAACCCGGCGGACCCCAUCAGCGCGGAGUACGUGGGGUACUUCGACCACCGCAGGAAGAUGGAGGCCAUCGGGGCCGGCGCCGUGGGGAGGCUGGCGACGAGGAACUCGGUCAAGGACCUGCUGCUCGGCAUCGGCAAGGGGGGCGGCGGGUGCGAGCCGCUGCACCUGUUCCCGUCGGCCGUGCUGACGGUGAACCGCGGGCCCUCGCCGGACUUCAAGACGGCGCACGGGAUCCAUCAGUGGUGGCGGCCCGACCUGGCGCUCGAGUGCACCGCGCAUUACUACACUUGAUUCUGAUUGGUCACGACGAGCGUUCGACUGUUUAAUUGAAACAGAAACUGAAAGAGUUACUGGCAUCUCCAUGGAACUGCAAUCAAAUCUUUAGGGCAUGUACAAUGGUCAUUAAUACGUCGUCUGCAUCUGUUUUAUUGCGAUUAACGAGGGUCAUUAACUCACGAACCGGGCGGUGCCGUCGUCUCCGGCUCGUGCUCCCAAAUCAAAUCGACGGGCGCUCCCCCGUUGUAUGUAUGGUUGCAGUUCGGAGAUGACUUCUACGGAUCUCGUGUGCGCACCUACAUUGUCUUCCCCGGCCACCCGCUUGGUGCCGAGCCUGCUGGCCGCCGCACAGCCCUCGCCACGCCUUGCUGCUCGCGCCGCUGCCGGUGGAGACCUUGCCGUUGAUGCCGAGCUCAA